AUGGGAAAGCUUCGCUCAAAAGAAGGAUGGAUCAAACCUUAUCAACCACGAAAGGCCAAGGACGACCCCAAGGAUGCUCCUGGUCAUGACCACGAUGAAAUAUCUCGCCUUUCGGAACAAGGAACUGAAGACACAGUGAUUGCUAAUGCAACCAGCCCUGAACAUAGUACUAAUCCAAUCUAUGCGGAAUUCUGUACCAAUGCCUCGGUGACAUCAUCAUAUAACACAAGAGGAUCUACCAUCCUCCCGAAAAUCACCAACGACUCUGUUCCCGUGCCUCUAAUGGCCUCUCAAGUCAAUAAUACCACUACCUCACCAUAUUUUAGCGUGGUCGGACUUCCGAUCUCCCACCAGCUCCGAACGGACUCUUUGAGUCCAUGGUCUGCGGCUUCGCCCACAGGUGCGAUACAUGCAGGGUCUCCACUGACCUACAGAGAAGCUUAUCUUGUGCAUCACUUUGCGACGCACCUCGGGCAUUGGCUCGAUUGCACCGACGCUUCCCGCCAGUUUACCCGGAAAAUCCCCAUCCUGAUCAAGCAAUCGCCGAUUUUGCUGCAUGCCGUACUUUCCUACGCGGCCUGCCACAUCGGGGAUACCAAAAUGGCCGACCAGGCGUAUGAGCGUUGCGUAGAAUUAUUGAUUCCCUCCCUGAACUCAGAAACGGUGGCCAACGAUGAUAUUCUGCUGUGUGCAAUUGUCAUCCUGCGGGUGUUUGAACAGUUGAAUGUCAGGGUAACUGGGAACGAUCAGGAGCGUCAUUUAGCCGGCUGCUCGGCUCUGCUCCGGGCGUCGCAAGGACGGGAGGUGGAUCCAUCGACCCCGAGAUUGCGGCAGGCGGCUUUCUGGGUGUACAUGCGUCAGUGCCUCUACAACGCCUGUGUACAUCAGCAGGCUCCAAACGUGGAUUUAAAUUUGGUUCUCAUCCCUCCCCCGGGCGGAGGAGACCCCCUGAGCGAUCUGAGGUCUGAAACAGCUUGGGCCAACACUAUGACUUGGAUCUGUGCCACGGUGGUACAUUUUUGCUUUGGAUCGAGUUACCCUGAGCCCUCCUCCAGAAUACGCCGAUGGCAAGAGCUAUCUGAGGCCGUCGAGAGUUGGUUGAUCACCCGACCAGAUACAUUUGACCCAAUCUGGUAUAGCGAAGCCGUUCAGGAGAGUGGAAACCCAUUCCCGGAGAUAUGGUUCACCGCGGACUGGCAUAUUAUGGCAUUCGGGUUUUAUCAUCUUGCCUGUAUGCUCUUGGCCAUCUACAAGCCAUCGCCUAAAUUCGCAGUCAGGGGGCUACAUAGUACAGCUCAUCCGAGUCAUGAUGCACGCUCGUGCAAUCUGUGGGGCAUGCAACAGUUCCCCUUCGACGGUGCCAUCGUUGAUCACACUCUGUCAUUCCACCUUUAUUUGUAA